AUGACAUUAUCGCCUUCUGUUUCUGAAAACUUGUAUAAUCAAACAUUAGAUACACUUCGUUCAAGCGAAAAUAAACUAUGUGGCAUAUGUAAACAAUUAAAUAGUGAAUCAUUACGAUCAUCACUGACACACGAUGAUUUAACACAAUAUCAUAAUUUUUUUCGAUGUGAAAUCGAAUCUGUUGAAAAAUUAGAAUUACGUAUGGCUAUUGUUGGUACUAUGAAAGCUGGUAAAUCAACAAUAUUGAACGCAAUUAUGGGUUAUGAUUUAUUACCAUCGAGAAAUACAGCCAUGACAACGUUGCCGACAGAAAUAUUAUUUAGUCAGGAUACACAACAACCACAGUUAAUAUUAAAGUCAGAACUAAUAAAUAUGAUUAAUAUUAUUGCCAGACAAUUACAAUUAAAAAGUAAUGAAAGUAAUUUACAAAUUCGGUUGCGAAACGAAGAAGAUUUAAUUAAAAUGGUGCAUAAUAUGUCAGCAAACGAACCGAUGACUUUAACAACAACAACAAAUGAGAGUUCAAAAAUUGUUGGCAGUCUAAAAUAUAUCAACGAUGUAGUACGCAUAUCAAUUAUGCUAAACAUAGAAAACUCAAUCGAUUCUACGUGGAUUCCUCGUCUAAAAGUGCCACUACCUCACUCCUUUUCGAUUCCACAAGGCGAAUUCAUAAUUAUUGAUACACCAGGACCGAACGAUAACAACCUAUCUUCUCACUUGAGACAAAUUGUUAUUUCAGAACUGCAAAAAGCUACAUUAAUAUUAGUUGCACUUGAAUUCAUUGGAUCAGAUUCCAAUGACGAAGCAAAACUUCAGGAAGAUAUCGAAACUAUACGAGAAUAUAGAAACACUGAUGGUCCAUCGCAUCUGUAUGCAUUAGUUAAUAAAAUUGAUCAGCGUAUAGAAGGUAAACAUAAUUCAGUUGAACAAACGAAAGCGGCAGUAGCGAUGAAAUAUAAAAUACCACUGACUCAUGUUCAUGAAAUAUCUGCUAUGAAUGCAAUACUAUCAUAUACAUUUCGUCAAGAAUAUAAAGAGCUUGAAAAGAAUUCGCAUGUUACAUAUGAAAUAUUGAGGCGCGAAACAAAGUCUUAUAAAAUGUUUAUGCAACAAGCAUUGGGUCAAACAUGGGAACAAGCAACCGAAUAUAUAGACGUGAAUUUCCUACCAAAUAUUGCUGACAAAUUAUGGAAAAAGUCAAAUUAUGAUUCAUUUUUACAAAACGCAUUAGGUAUAGUUAGCCAACAGGUUAUGCCGAUCUGUUUAACUAUGGCAUUACAGAAAUGCAAUUAUUACAUAGAAAAAUGUUAUGAAAAGAUUAGUAUCAGAAAAUCUUGUUUGGAUAUUGGUGAAAAAUCAUUGCUCGAAACAAUAAGUCGCUUAGAAAAAGAUCAACAACAACUUGAUUCGAGUCGAAAAGAGACAGAAAAACAUCUUCAUCAACAGAUAUUGAUCGUUAUUGAACGUGUAAACAGUUUGUUUAACGAAGCCAGUAGUGGAAGUGAGCAGUACGUGGUCGAAAUUAUCGACGAUAAAUCUACACGGCAUUGUCGUUCUCAUUGGAAAAAAUUACUUCAUGGUAAAGAUAUAUUGUACUUUAACACGAAAGUACAUUGA